AUGUUUUCUACGAAAAGUGUGAUCAUCGCCUGGAUCAUUAUUUUUCGUUUAGUUUACGGUGAAAAUGGCUGUAAAGAACUGGUUUAUCUUCCUUGCGUCAAAAACAAAACCUUUACAGGUCACGUGAUCAAGAGCUUUCGAAUCCUAGCUCCCGGCUUAGAAGAAUGUCAGUCUAGAUGUUUCAAAGAAAAGACCCCGUGUGUAUCGUACAACUUGGUCCCCGUGAGGGGACAGAUCACGACAUGUGAGUUAAAUGACCUGGAUCACUUGACAUACCCAGUUGACGUCAUACCACAAGAAGGUUCUCAAUAUUGCCCACUCAAGAGCCCGUGCUCGUCUAAACCUUGUAAUGUUAGACAACACUGCAUUCCAGAUUUUUACAACAAUAGUUUCAACUGCACAGAUGGUAUAUGGAGUCAGUGGAGUAAGUGGUGCAAAUGUCCAACCACUCGAACCCGUGCGCGUACCUGUCGUAAUCCUUUUACGAACGCUACGGAAACAGAUUGUCCUGGACCAAGCCAGGAACGAAACGAUGAAAUAAUGUACGAAAAAGUACCUCAAACCUGCACUGAUUGUGGCUGCAAAAAAAGUGGUGUUUACACUGUCAACAAUAGUCUUAAAUUGUUCUGUGACCAAGAAACCAAUGGCGGUGGAUGGACAGUUAUCCAGAGAAGACAAGAUGGCUCACAAGACUUUUUUCUGGGAUGGCAAGACUAUAAGGUUGGUUUUGGUAGUCUAACUGGAGAAUUCUGGUUGGGACUCGACAAGAUCCACCAACUGACCCAACAAAGUCGACACAGUCUUCGUGUUGAUCUGGAAGACACUGUCUAUGCUGAGUACGAUUAUUUUGCUGUGAAUGAUGAAGCUGAUUGGUACAGGUUGAGUCUUGGUACAUACUCAGGUACUGCUGKAGAUUCACUUACUAAAACAAGUAGCGGUCAAGCUUUUUCGACUAAGGAUCACGAUCACGAUUCUUGGGAUAGACAUUGUGCUGUGGAGUUUUCAGGUGCAUGGUGGUAUGGUGAUUGCCAUYUSUCUAAUCUUAAUGGUUUAUACGGUUCGUCAGUGAGCGGAAAAGGUAUCAACUGGAAGACUUGGAAAGGACACGRAUACUCAGCAAAGAAAGUCGAGAUGAGGAUACGACCGAUCAAUUGAGAUAUUUCCUCUACGAGUUCAGUUCACCAGUUAUCUCACAGAUAUGCACCUACUUGCAGCAACGUUGUAAUAGAAAAUAGGACAUUUGAAUUGAGUAAAAAGGAAUAAAUUAAAACAAGACAAAAGAAAGCGUUCAGUCACAGUGAUCUUCUUUUGUCUUUUUUAAUUUAUUCCCUUUUACUAAAUACAAAUGUCCUAUUUUCUAAUGACAACGUUUUCGCAAGUAGGUGUAUGACAUAUUCUUUCGUUUAAUCAAAUCUUAUUGAAAAACUGUUGUUUUACCUCACUUGUGUGAAUUCUAAAGGACUGAUUGGCUUAUUAGAGGGUGUAAAUAAGAGGACAUUGUACAUUUAACCGACACCUUCACGUUUCGGGCGCGAGCUCAUUUGAAGGAAAGAYUAAAAAUGUGGUAACAAAGUUUGCGUCUAGUAUAUAUGUACUCCCAGUAAUGACAAACGUGCUUGAAUAUAUCCCAAUCUCACACA